AUGAAGGCGUUGCGAGCCGCUGUUUCUGGCUCGCGCGUGCGCUACAUGCAAGACGGAUUCGAUCUUGAUCUCACUUACAUAACACCUAAACUUAUUGCCAUGGGAUACCCAGCUUCAGGUGUUGAAAAAACAUAUCGAAAUGAUAUUAACGAAGUCUCUACGUUUCUUAAUUCCCGACAUCCAAAUGCUUAUCGUGUUUACAAUUUAAGUGAACGGAAUUACGACUACAAUAAGUUUGAAGGACGUGUGAGUGAAUGUGGUUUUCCAGAUCAUCAUCCACCCCCUUUGCAACUAUUACUUGAUAUUAUGAACGAUAUGAUCCAAUGGGUCGCUAAAAGUCCCAAACAUGUCGUGGUUGUCCAUUGUUUGGCAGGAUACUAUGGUAGUGUCUUUAAGUUACGUAAAGAACGAGAACUUCGAGAGCUUGCAAACUCGAGUAUUCGAGAUUUCUGGAACGCCAGAGGACAGGGGGUCCGAUUUCCAAGUCAAGCUUUGUAUAUUUAUUACUUCAUUAAAGUUCUUAGAAGAUUGGGUUACAUGCCGGCACAGAUUCCACCUUUGUCACCAGCCAAGAAGAUGCUGCUUAGAAGUAUCAUGCUCAAUGGGGUGCCGGAUUUUGAAGCUUCACCGAGCGGAGGAUGCACCCCCUUUUUACAGGUCUUACCGGCUCCGUCACAACACUAUCAACCACAUUUGUUGUAUAACAGCUCGUGGCAAAAACCUACAUUUGAAACGUACUUGGCGGACCCGCAAGGGUCGAUUCUCUUUGAGGUAAAUGUCGAGGUGCAGGGUGAUGUGGUGGUGAGAUGCUUCCACGCUAACACAACAAACAUUUUGGGCACACACAUGGUCAAGAUGUUUCAUUUCACAUUCAACACUGAUUUCUUCCACAACUACAGCACCAUGUAUCGACUGCCGAAGGUCGAAGUGGAUGAAGCUGCUGGCAAUCGACGAUUCCCGAAUAAUUUUCAGGUAGUUUGUCACGUGGAAAUGUUGGACCCGGAUGGAAAUCCAUUCCCAAAAUCGUCGUCAUCAUCGUCCAUGGUGGAGCCAGAAAGUAUCAGCAACACCUGUGCCGAUAAAGUGGAGCAAGCGAGGACUGUGCGUCCACCGCCAGCGCCACAACCAUGCGAAAAGAUAGUGCCGUCUUACCAGGCUUGUAACGAGCGACAACCGCAGACGUCUUGGCGGCUCGAGGAACUAACACCUACCAUGCAAGGUUGGUUGUAUAAGCAAGGUGGCUUCGUUAAGAACUGGAAGAAACGAUGGUUUGUUGCGCGGGAGGGGAAAAUGAUGUAUUAUCACGGCAUCUCGGACGCUACGCCUCUUGGCGUCGUGAAUUUGCGGCGCGUGACUGUACAGAAUUGUGAACCCCAUGAAGUGAACGCACGAAACAAGUGUCUCCACUUUUUCAAAGUGGUCCCUCCAAGUGCUGGCCAGCGCAUAUACUUGUUCGGCGCCGAAUCUGAGCAGGAUCUCGUGGCUUGGAUAAAUGUGAUCGGUUCUCAGUCUGCUUACGGCAUCGUAAAUGGCUUGUUUCCACGACGACCUUCCGUGCCACACAACAAUACCUUUGUUACUCGCGCGUCAUAUCAGCAGGUGCACCAGACGCAAAGUCGUGGAGCGGAGCGAAAUUGUUGCCUCAGCAAUGACGAAAGCCGUUGGAGCGACACAAGGCCCGCGCAUGGCACUGUACGCAAUGUGUCGUCUGCGAAACUUAACGCCACAGAACUGUCGUUCCACCUCCCACAUAGCGAGGACACCUUUCAGCCUGAACUAUCAGAAGCUGCUACUUCAAGCUCGAGCAAUUGUGAAGAUCGUGACAGCAUACCGAGUACAAAUUCUGGAACCGCCGAGCGUGCGACGGAUUCGCGUUCACUGUCGUUCACGGACUACAACGACAACGAGGAAGACCGAUUAUCAUCGACCUCAGUUUCUGCUAUGCCUCGAUGUGUGCUAGCUGAACCCGUUGCUGAUCUGAUGAAUACACUUUCGGCGCGAGAGCGGGCUUUGCUUCUUGAAGAAGUUAAUGGGGUUGAGACAGGUAUUUACAUUUAUUCGGCGGACGAGUUACAGGAGGCUGCACGGCUGCAGACAUACAUGCGCGAGACACGAGGUGCAAGUUCUCACACUGGUGCAGAUCCCGACCCGGAUCCAGCACUCUCAGCCGCUUGUGGGCUCACGGCUUCGCCUCCAGGCACACUAUGUCGCCAGCUGCAUCGCUAUGUGGUGCAGAAACACAUGGGAGACGCUGAGCAGUUGCUUACCGAGCUUGUACAUACCAAAUUUCCGGGGCUCAUCGAUGCCAUGGACCACGACCCCCUGGCAUUUACUCAGCUGAUCGUCAGUGGAGACAUUACGGUAGACUGCAAGAGCAAAACGGCGCGGUAG